AUGCACCUAUUGAUGCAGAACUCGGGAAUUGACUUCAACCCAAGUAUAUCCGAAGACGGCAGUGUCACAUUUGGGGAUAUCACGACGUGUUCAAUGACAAUAACUAAUGAGGAGACAACGUACACGUGCGAAGAAGGAUCUGUGCCUGUAGAUGGAAGUACAUUGAAAGGGGUAACUCUGGGAGGCAAUUGUAUGUGUUCUACGGGUACUGGCGCGAGUUCUGUGACAUACAAAACAGAUAGUAGUGGUGGCGAAGAUGACCCUCCACUGGUGGUCACGUCUCCCUUAUAUUAUGCGAAAGGCGCUGCGGGUGUUGCGGAAAGUGUGAAAGGCUGGACGGUUCCGCUGAAUGCAGGUGGAACUGAUCUCAUUAUGCAAAUUGAUACAGGUAGCGAUGACAUUGUGGUCAUCUCGACGCUUUGCACAAGUCAGUUUUGCCAGCAAUUCGAUCAAUACAAUCCAGAAGGCGCUAAAAAUCUUAGUAUUUCAAGUGAAAUUAGCUAUGGUUCGGGCGAGGAGACCUGGAGCUAUAGUCUCUUUGAAGACUGGGUUGUUGUCGGUGAGUCAAAUACCAACCUGACGUCUGUCGUGAUAGGUGCAGUUACCAAUCUUACUCAAGCUACUGUAACAGGUGAUGGGAUCUUGGGGGUUGGGCCGGCGUACAAUGCCGGUGAAUCGACAAUACAACAAGUUCUGCCGGAGGCCAAGACAUUUGUGGAAACAAUGUUAGCUGAUGGAAAAGUUAGCGAACCAGCCUUCACCAUUCAUUUCGGAGAGGUCCUGGAUGAAUUCGAUAUCACAGUCCUCAAAGGCAAUAACAAUGCGACCACUGGAAGCGUAGAUUGGGGCGCAUUUGCGCUAACUGAAGGGAUGGUAGUGGUAGAGACAGUUUGCGAUAACUACAUGACACCACUAGUCGCAUUUGAGCUGUGUUAUCAGGUUGGCGAUGACAGCUGCGGGCGAAAAGUAAGCAUUCCUAUUCCAAAGCAAGCCAACAGAAAUUCCCUGCCGUCUUCAGAAGAAUGCGCAUCAACACCAUUGAUCGAUUCCGGUACGAGCCGCCUGCUUCUUCCCGAGUCAAUGUAUGAUCCAUUGAUUGAGGAUUUAGCCAAGACAUAUGGUGCCUUAUUCGGCGUAGGUGCUACUGACAUCAUGAAAAUGCUGAAUAAUGAGCCUGACAAUCAAGAUGAUUUUUUUAUCCACGUAAUGUUACUGGAUGCACUUAAUACCGACACAUCUGUUACGUUCGACGACUUUGUUGCUGCAUCGCCUAUGAUCAUUCUGACUUUCGAGAAUGAAGCAACACUUGUGGCAUCUGCCGGGGAUCUGGCACAAUUCGGAGUAGCAAUUGCAGACGGGGUGCGAUUCAUCAUUGGUGACACGGUAUUAUUUGGCGAUUCCGUAAGUUUUCACACGACGGAGAAAAAGCUGGCGUUCAAGGGUGGAUAUUAA